CAUCCUCGCAUCUUGUUUCGUCCAGUCGCUGCAAAGUUCGUGUUCGAUGCCUGAAGACUCAAAAGCAAGUCAUUUAAGCAGCCGCAACGAUAUUCUCUUGCCAGCCUUUCCUCCUCCCGAGUACAAGUUUCUCGCUGCUCUUGAUGUACAAAGACUGAGUCAUCACUACUACCAAAGUUAUCCACUUAUUGAGCGAAGCAUUCGGAGAGGACCAAGGCAAUGCCCUCUAAAGUUCCCAGCGUGAUUGGAGGAAAAGCGACGGGAACGCUUCCAGAAGGGCAAGACAGCGAGCAAGGUCGGCAUUAUCGUCAUUUGGAUACAACGACACGAAUUCGAAGAAAUUAUCCUUAUGGGACCCUUCCCGCGGGAGGAAAGUCGGAUCUUUCUAAUUCGAGGAGAUUUCCAUCAGGACACGACCAAGUUGACGUUGACUACCAAGAGGGCGGUGGCCGCCAAGACCCCUCGCCAAAGGUGAAGAAUGAUGCACAAGAAAGAAUGGAUGCACCAACGUAUAAAAUCACAAAAGAAAAAUUGAAAGACUUACACCAGAAGGUGCCCAAGAAAGACUCAAAUCUGAGAGGGGAUGGACGGCAACGCCCGAAAAACGAGAACCCUUGUCGAGAUUGGGUCUGCUGUAAACACUACAGCCAGAAGCGUCGAGUCCAUAGCGAUCAAGAUCUCAACAGAUGUCCACCGUGCCAACACAGAAUGUGCAACAACUGCGAUCGUGUUGAAGACUAUCAAGGGUUAUGGUGGAUAUGCUGUAAGCAGACUAGACCGCAACAUGUCGUUAUUAACCCAGGCGAUGAAGAGAGAUGCUCCGCCUGCGGGCAUAAGAGAUGCAACAGUCGUUGCGGAUCGACAUAGCCAGUUUAGG